AUUGAUUCGUGAAUCAGCCAUCUUUUCGAAGAUAGAGAUCAAAGGAAAUAGAAGAAUUGUCGAAGGAAUAUCUAAGAUGUCAUGCCCAAGACCAUGUUUCGCAACAGGUUUUGAGAUAUUUUUGAGCAGUGAUGACAAAAAGGAACGAAACUCAGACUUUGAUGCAUCUACCAAGUUCAUGAAGCACUCUCUCAACGAAAAGAGCGGAAGAAGAAAAAGUGAAUCUGUCUUCAUUGAGGAUGUGAGGGAUGUGGAGGAGCUCCAGGCCGUUGAUUCCUUUCGACAUGCAUUGCUAACCGACGAGCUGCUUCCAAGUAAACACGAUGACUAUCACAUGAUGUUGAGAUUCUUGAAAGCUAGGAAUUUCGACAUUGAGAAAGCAAAACUCAUGUGGGCUGAUAUGAUUCAAUGGAGAAAAGAGUUUGGCACUGACACCAUUCUUCAGGAUUUUGAUUUCGAAGAGAUUAAUGAAGUUCUGGAGUAUUACCCACACUGUUAUCACGGUGUUGAUAAAGAAGGCAGACCCAUUUACAUUGAAAGGCUUGGUAAAGUUGAUCCUAACAGACUCAUGCAAGUUACAAGCAUGGAUCGAUAUGUAAGGUAUCAUGUUAAGGAGUUUGAGAGGAGCUUUAUGAUCAAGUUCCCUUCCUGCACGAUUGCUGCUAAGAAGCAUAUUGACUCCAACACAACUAUUCUAGAUGUUCAGGGAGUGGGAGUGAAAAACUUUACCAAGUCUGCUCGGGAGCUUAUCACACGAUUACAAAACAUCAGUGGGGAUAAUUAUCCUGAGACUCUCCACCAAAUGUUUAUUGUGAACGCAGGGUCUGCAUUCAGACUGCUUUGGAGUGCUGUGAAGGGCUUUAUAGACCCAAAAACAACUUCCAAAAUUCAUGUCCUUGGAUACAACAAUUAUAAGGCCAAGUUGCUUGAAGUGAUUGAUGCCAACGAGUUGCCUGAGUUCUUUGGAGGUGCAUGUACUUGCGAGGAUGAAGGUGGUUGCAUGCUUUCAGACAAGGGACCAUGGAAAGAUCCGGAGAUUGUGAAGAUGGUGCUUCAUGGGGGAGCAUGUCCGGCGAAGCAAGUGGUGAAAGUUUUAAACAGCGAGGGGAAAGUCAUUGCUUAUCCAUGGAUAAAUGGAAGGGACACUUCCACUGCAGAGUCUGGAUCUUAUGCUGAAGAUAUCGGGUGAAACGAGCUUGGCCGGUAGUUUUCCGGGCUUGAAUGAGUAUGUACCCAGUGGGGGAGGAUGGGGUUCAGCUGACCCCUAUCACUUCUAUUAAGAAAAAAAAAAAGAUAUUUCAAUUAUGUAUUAAAUAAUUGUUCGAAUCUUUAGUUUAAAGUUUAGAUCGAUCCCCAUAUUUCUAAGAUCAAAUUUCUCCCUUCACUCAACUUAAUACUUUGUCUUCAGUCUCUGUUUUUUUUUUCUUUUUGGUAAAAACCAUUGUGUUUUCUCUUUUGGUU